AGAAGGGGAAAUAAACCUCUUUGGCUGGAGUAGGGUCCGGUGAGCAGAUUUCCUUAUCCGGGAAUCACAGGCGGGGCGGCCAUUGGCUCCCAGGAUCACGUGGGGCCCUAACUUUGUUCACUUGACAGUAAGUAGGAGGGCUUUCGGAAACAGGAAAACGAGUCAGGGGUCGGAAUAAAUUUUAGUAUAUUUUGUGGGCAAUUCCCAGAAAUUAAUGGCUAUGAGUUCUUUUUUGAUCAACUCAAACUAUGUCGACCCCAAGUUCCCUCCGUGCGAGGAAUAUUCACAGAGCGAUUACCUACCCAGCGACCACUCGCCGGGGUACUACGCCGGCGGCCAGAGGCGAGAGAGCAGCUUCCAGCCGGAGGCGGGCUUCGGGAGGCGCGCGGCGUGCACCGUGCAGCGCUACGCGCUGGAAGAAAGGGCUUUCCCUCCUCCCUUCUCGGCAAUAAAACUUUCUCUUUCUCCUUCUCUCUGUGUGUGUUCAGUAAACCCCAAUUACGCCGGCGGGGAGCCCAAGCGCUCUCGGACCGCCUACACUCGCCAGCAGGUCUUGGAGCUGGAGAAGGAAUUUCACUACAACCGCUACCUGACGCGGCGCCGGAGGGUGGAGAUCGCCCACGCGCUCUGCCUCUCCGAGCGCCAGAUCAAGAUCUGGUUCCAGAACCGGCGCAUGAAAUGGAAAAAAGACCACAAGUUGCCCAACACCAAGAUCCGCUCGGGUGGCACCGCAGGCGCAGCCGGAGGGCCCCCAGGCCGGCCCAAUGGAGGCCCCCCCGCGCUCUAGUGCCCCCCACGCGGGAGUCGCGAACCUGGGGCGGGGGUGGGUGGCUAGCGCCGGGAAUAGGCGGGAGAGAUGCGGGAGGGGACCCUGGGGCUUUGGCCCGGAAAAGCCUACCUGCCCUCUCCCCCCCAAACACACACUUUAUUUACACGAAUAAACGCGGGGGGGGGGAAGCUUUAUUUAUAGAAAUGACAAUAGGAAGCCGGGCGAGGCCCCCCAGAAGCAAGGCUCAAGUCUCUUGCUUUCUUCCUUAAAAAAAAAAAA